UGUGUUUUAUUCUGUUUUUAGAGCAGCAGGGUCACAUGUUGUUUUUCUCCAGGAUCAGAACGGUCCCCUGGUCUGGUCUGGUCCUACUGUACUGUUUCUCGUACCGCUGCGGACGGCGGACACGGAUAUCAGCGUCUGCUAUGGAGUAGAAAAAAAAACAGCUUUUACCUCUAAAGUUUGUUUUUUGCUGCGCGUUAUUUUACGAAAAGGACUUUGCUUAUCUGGAACUUGAAAAGAGAAGCGAAGCGAAAUGGCAAGUCCUCCGGCGACGGGGGGACACCUGUUAUCUAAUGGGACGAACGGCGUGAAGAAGUGCGGCUACCUGAGGAAGCAGAAACACGGACACAGGCGCUUCUUCGUGCUCCGGGAGACCACCGAGCGCUGCCCUGCCCGGCUCGAGUAUUACGAGAGCGAGAAGAAAUGGAGAAACAAGUCCGCCGCCAAACGGGUGAUAACUUUGGACUCCUGUCUGUGCGUAAACAAACGGGCCGACGCCAAACACAAGCACCUCAUCGCCCUCUACACCAAGGACGAGUACUUCGCGGUGGCUGCGGACAAUGAGCAGGAGCAGGAGAGCUGGUUCAGGGUUUUGACUGAUUUAAUAGCCGAGGGGAAAGUGUACGACAGCCCCGCGUCCACCUCCUCUUUAGUGGGCUUCGAGGAGGCCAGCUACGGACUCAUUGCUCCCGCAACCGCUGCAUAUAAAGAGGUAUGGCAGGUCAACUUGAAAUCCAAAGGCUUGGGUCAGAUCAAGAACCUCACUGGAGUGUACAGGCUGUGUUUGUCCAGCAGGACCAUCAGCUUUGUCAAACUGAACUCUGAAACAGCUGCUGUCAGUUUACAGCUCAUGAACAUCCGGAGAUGUGGCCACUCAGACAGCUUCUUCUUCAUAGAGGUGGGCCGGUCGGCGGUCACCGGGCCCGGGGAAUUCUGGAUGCAGGCGGAGGACUCUGUGGUGGCGCAGAACAUCCACGAGACCAUCCUGGAGGCCAUGAAGGCCAUGAAGGAGCUGUCCGAGUUCAGGCCGAGGAGCAAGAGCCAGUCAGCCAGCACCAACCCCAUCUCUGUGCCCACACGACGCAACCUCAACAACCUCCCCCCCAGUCAGACGGGCCUGGUGAGGCGAUCCAGGACGGACAGCAUGGCGGCCACGUCCCCCGGGAGAAAGUUCACGUCCUGUCGGAUAAGAACGGCCAGCGAGGGGGACGGAAGCGUGACCCGGCCCGUGUCCAUGUCCAUAUCUGUGAACGGGAGCCCCACCAGCCCCAACUCUGGGAACCACCUCAGCAGGUCCCACACCCUCAGCAGUGGGCGCACCUGCAGGAUGCUGGAGUCCUCCUCCAACCUGCACCACAGCCGCUCCAUGCCGGUGUCCAACUCCCCUCCAGCCUCCUCCUCCCCCAUUAGCAUGUCUCCCAGAGGGGGGGCCGGCAUCUCCACUCCUGACAAAGCCAGGCGGCCUUUCAGCUGCAGCGCCUCCAUCUCUGGCUCCCUCAGCGACACCGGCUUCAUGCUGUGUGAUGAUUACAGCUCCAGCCCAGGUGAACCCAGAUUCCUCCCCCUGACCCGCAGCGACACCCCUGACUCCCUGUCCAGCACGCCCCCAUCCCGUGACAUCAGUGACCCCUGUGGCUACAUGAUAAUGGAGGGGGCCAAUGGCAGCAGGUCUGGCGCUGGUGGCGAGGGUCUGGCGUUUGACAAGGCGUACAGGAAGCGGACGCACUCCCUCACCACGCCACGUCAACAGAGGGUCGUGGCGCCGCUGUCCUCGGCCUCCCUGGACGACUACACCCUCAUGAGGAUGGCCCACGGACAGAACUCUCACUCCGCCUCACCCAAAGUCUGCUACCCUGAGGAUUACGGCGACAUCGAAAUCGGUUCAUCCAGGAGCUCCAGCAGUAACCUUGGUGACGAUGGCUACAUGCCAAUGACGCCAGGUGUGGCACCCCAGUCUGGAAAGGUAGACAACUACGUGCCCAUGAGCCCCAUGUGUGUCUCAGCGCCAAAGCAGAUUGUGAACCCCAGGGUGCAUCCUCAGGCAGCCGCCGGCAGCGGCUACAAAACCAACUCCCCCUGCAGCAGCUCUCUGGAGGACAACGGCUACAUGAGAAUGUGGUGCGGCUCCAAGUCCUCCAUGGAGAGCCCAGACAGGCAUGGUGAAUACAUGAACAUGUCACCUGGAAACCCACCUCCACUCCAGACCCCCCCUGACUACUACCUGGGCCUUCUGGCCAGUGAACCCGCAUCAGUGAGGUCAGCUUACCAGGCCGGCUCCCUCACGCUACCUGCUAAGCUCCAGGCCUCAAAGAAUGAAGAUAACGGCCAGUAUGUGUUGAUGAGCCCUCAGAGUGUGAGGCAGAGGGUGGGGGAGUCUGACUAUUACUCAGUGAUGCAGCCCAGUGCAGCUCAGACCUCACCCCUGAGCCCCUCAGUGCCCUCCCCAGUCAGACACGGCCGGGCAGAGAGCCUGUCCUACAGAGGAAGGCUGGGCAGGCCGAACAGGCUGUCCCUGGACACCCUGAGGACCCUACCCAGCAUGAAUGAACACCCCCUGCCCGGAGAGCCCCGCAGCCCGGGGGAGUACAUCAACAUCGACUUUGGUGGCACCAGAUUCUCCCCUCCCUCUGUCAUAUCCACAGAGAGCCAGUCCUCGUCUCUGGGCUCCAGCGGCAGGGGCCCAGGGAGGUCCUCCCUGACAGACUACAUCAACCUGGAGCUGGGCUCGCACUCACCCAAGGAGGCUGACACCCCCGCCGAGUGCCUGGACACGCUCCCGGUGUUAUCCAUGUGCCCCUGCUCAGAGGAGGAUGGAGUGUACCAUCUGGGGAGUGAGAAGGGGUCCCAGGGCCUCGGCAGCGAGGUGAAAAAUGACUACACUGAGAUGACGUUUGGGAUGACCAGCUCCCCUCCACAGCUCGUCCCUCAGAACACAGCAAGCCAGAGCAGCAGGGAGAGGAGGCUCUCUCUCAAGGACCAGGGAGUCCCAGAAAGCAUUGGGGUCUUCCUGCUCGGGGCCACCUCCUCCUCCACAGUGGACCCGGACUGCUCGGCCAAGGUGAUCCGGGCCAACCCACAGGGACGCCGCCGCCACAGCUCCGAGACCUUCUCCUCCACCGCCACGGUGACGCCGGUCUUCCCCUCCUUCGCACGGGGCGACGCGGUGAAGAGGCACAGCUCGGUGGAGAACAUCUCAUCCCGGAGCAGCGAGGGCUCAGACGAGGAGUACGGCAGCCCUGUGAACCGGCAGAGCUCGGCGGGCUACCCCAGCGGACUCAACUACAUCGCCUUGAACCUGCUGGACAACAGGGACAUGGAGAAAUGCGAAGACCUGGUUGGCUUCAAACCCACCAGCAGCUGCAAAGGGGGUAUCAAUGGAUUACACAGCACACCAUAUGUCUGUUUGGGAUUCAAGGAGGCUGCAACCACUGCCAAAGACUGAGCAACUCCUCUGUCCUCUGACUUGGCGUCUUCACCAACCUGCUGCUCAGAAAAAGAAAAAAAAAAACACUACUAUCUACUUUGCCCUUCCAUUGGGUUCUGUGGCCCUAAAAGACUGUCUGGACCCUCUGCAACAUACACACACACACACACAGAGAAACUCAUACACACACUUCAGAAACACGUAUGUCACCAUCUAUGCAUGCCAUGAAGUUGCUAAAGGCAGGACAGGUGUGUUUUUGUGUUUGUGUGUGUGUGUGUUGUGUAUUGGUGCGUCUCAUGUUCCCUGCGCUUUCAGAGGCCAUUUCUCCUGUGACCCAAAUUUUGGCGCAAGCACAGAAGCAAAGAUAGUCAGACAGUAACACAACUCUAAUGGUACCCAGAUACUAUUUAUUUACUUGAGGGUAGUUUUAUGGCUACCUGUAUGCGUGCAAGUGUGUGUUUCUGAGACAAAGUAUGACCAACUGGUAUGUCAGUGGACAAUGAAACCUGCUAUAGAUAUGGCCCAGGGAGCAAGGAUACCAAGGUACACUGAGUAUAUAACUAUAUUUAGAGUAGAUAUUUUAUUUAUUUUUGGAAGAUGAAUGUCUGAUAAGACCUACCCAAUGCCUUAAUGUCUAUACUGUCCUUAUGUUUUCUAUGAAAUGACAGAUAAAUAUUCUAUUACAGUAUGUCUGUUUGGACCUACAUCUCUAUAUUGUUAUUCUCUUGUGGAAAGUAAAAAGCCUAGUUUACCAUUAAAAUAUAUUAUUAUUUCAGAAAUGUACAGUACAGUGGGGCUGCUUGAGAUCUGAUUCAUCGUAUUGAUAUUAAAGUAUUUUCUUAAUUACUAAUUUCUUAUUUAUUCUAACCUAGUUUAUUUUUUGUCCAGUCAAAACGCUGGACUUAAAGAAAUAUAUUUCUAAACGUCUUUAAGAGUUAUGCAUGUCUUUAUAACUCAGCUCAGACCCCACAACACCAGGCAUCUGAAUGCACUGUACCUCCCACAGUUCCUCAGUCACUUGAGCCUGAAAACCUCACACACUCCUACCUUCAAACCUACGGCCUGCUGUUUAGCUCGACGCGGGCUGCCCUGCUGUGAUAUCAUUUGAUGGUACAGCUGUCUAGCAGAGGUGAUAAUAAUGGAGGGGUGGAGCCAGUGAAAAAUAUCAAGGUUGGGGGGGCACAGUCCAGACGGUUUCUGGCCAACGAGUGAGCACUGAAGGGGGGCAGGGGGGCGAGGUGUUAGCAGUGCUGGACAAGCACUGAGGGGAGGAGGGCUCUGCAAAACAGAGUAGUAGAAGAAGAGAGGCCAACAGCCACAUCUGGCACCAUCAUGGAGGUUCACUGGAGAAUCAGCUGUCUGGAAAAUAUAACUACAUGGCAGACAGCAUAAAAAGAUUAGAGCUAGCUGAAGAGAAUUAUGUAAUGUUACUUGUUAAACUAACACUAUGUAACUGUGAGGUUUGACAGUUACAUAACACUUAUGGGACAAUGCUAAAUGCUAAAAUGCAGUGAAACAGUCGACCAAGCAGAGAAGAGUCAUCAAGUCAGUUAACUUACUAAAUUACGUUAGCUACUGGUCACACCAGACCAAAACCUCCAAUGAAUGAAAUGAAUUGUUUAAAAGCUGAUGACUUCGUGAGAGGAAGAAUGUGUUAUUUCUGCCUGUAAAUGUCAAAGUCUCUUUUUAGCUGAACAGCAGCUAAUAUGGCCACAAAUAGUAUUUUCAGGAUAAUGACAAUGCUAAAAUGUAGCAUAAUACUAGUUUAAGAAUAAUUUUGAAAGUACGUAAAUCAACUCAGUAAUGUUAGUUCCUCAACACUAUCUAGCUAAAGUUUGUUAACGUUAGCUAACACUAGCUAUCAUAAGCUACGGGUCAAACCAAGACUUUAGUGAGGGUGUUUUAUAGCCUAUACAUUAAACUUAAUUUUGAAUUCAACCUCCAAAAUGGCUGCCAGAGGAUUUGUAGUAACAUUAUCUGAAAGCCCUCUAUCAACAUCCUGAUUCUGUGGUCUUUGUGUCGUCCACUGUGUUGACUCCAACUGGCUCACAACCCCUUUAGUGUACAUUAGAUUGUAAAACUUAAACUAUGUCUGAAUGUAUCGCUGAGCUGGUGGGAACACCACAGAAACAUAACGUGGGAAAUGGUUUUAACAGAGUUGAAUAAUGUUGGAGCUGUAUCUAUUUAUCUUCAGAGUCUUGAAUGUGUAUAUUGUGUACAUAAAAAGAGUUUAACUAAAAAAAAUAUUGAAAUUGCUUAGAGUACUUAGAUUUGACCUAUGUUGCAAUGAUAUUCCUGUGUAAAGACUUUGGCUACCGAUUUUUAAAAUGGGGACGGGGUUUUUGCUUUGGGGUUGUACAGUGUAUUGUAUGCUUUCUCCCUCACAGUCUCUGUAACUAUAUGAAAAAAAUGUCUAUUUUAUUAUAGAGAUCUCUUUGCCUUGUUGACACACUUUACCUAAUGGCAUAUGCAAUAGUGACAUGAAUACAGUCUAGUUUACAACCGUGGAACCAAAUGUAACAUUGCAUCAAUGAUUUUUUUUCUUUUUGUGAUGAGCAGAAGCUGUUUUGCUCUUUGUAUAUUUCUCUUUCUGCCAACUGUUUUGUUUUCAUCGCUGGGAACUCUGUUCUUGACAUGUCUCAAAGCGCUUUCCCCAUUUCUGUGUCCAUGGACAGACUCUUCUUUUACAGAUUGACCUUGGACUGACUCAGUUUGAAUGUGUCGUUGUCUUCCAUUGUACAUAAAUCAAUAUACUGUUUAUUGUGAUGCUCACAAGAGAUGAUAAUAAUGAUUUAUAAAUUCUGGUAGUCGAGUAUUGCUUUUGUCUGUAUUGAUUAUGGAUAGAAACCUACAGAAAUAAAUGAAUUUAUUUAAAGAGGUACAA